AUGACAUCUUCAAACGGCUAUGAUAGGCCUCCAUACCACGACGAGUCCCUCCAACCAAGUGCAUCACCAAGAACGAUCUCGCCACUUCAAAGUACUUCCGGGCAGGAAAAGACACACGAUGCCUCAAAAUACGAUGCGAGCGCAGAGGCCUAUUUCAGAAAGCUAAACCUAAGAGACUGGUGUUGGGAUUUUAUUGCUGCAAUUUUCAGUAUCGCAUGUGUUAUUGCAGUCAUCGUUAUUCUAAGGAAGUAUCAAGGAAAAUCACUAUCCAGUUGGCACUUCUAUCACAACAUCACGCUCAACACACUGGUUGCCCUGCUCUCGACCCUUUCCAGGACUGCACUCAUAGUCCCAGUUGCAUCAUGCAUCAGCCAGCUCAAAUGGAUACAUCUAGUAAGCUCACUGCGGCCUUUACAUGAGUAUCAGAUCCUCGAUGAAGCCAGUCGUGGGCCAUGGGGCUCGCUGACACUUACUUUCACCCUUCAUUUCAAAACCAAACUGGCUACGUGGGGUGCCCUCAUCACCAUUGUAUCUCUUACCAUGGAAAGAACAAUGGAUCCUAAAAUGCAAGGCGCCAUUCUCAAUGGUCUAUACAAUCUCAGCGCACCUAUCCCAGUCCAAUGCCAGACUGGUAACUGUCAGUGGGAGGAUUUCACAACUGUGGCUGUGACGAGCGAGUGCAGAAACGUUACAUCAAGCAACAGAAUCAAUUGUGAAUUCUCGCGAGGCUCUAAAAGCUGCAACUAUACAACGCCGUCUGACUUCUUCAUUUCAUCUUAUUCAUCCACCUCAUCCGGCGAUACCCGUUCGACUGAAUUCAACAGCACCACAAAUCCACCACAAACGACCAGCCACCUUGGCGAACUACUCAAUAGCACCUUAUCGGAAUUCGCCGCCGCAAAAAUGUCGGCGCUAUUUAGCGAAGAAAGGCCGGACAUUACCGAGUGUAGCAUGCGCUGGGUUGCUCGCCUUGUUCAAAACACUACCUUUUCAAAUGGUACCUUUCAUCCUGGCAUCGCCACAGACUACGAGCUCAUCGGUGUUGUCAACCCUUUCGAUUCAAAUCACUGGGUUACCUUUAACGUUUCCAACGAAAGCGAAACGUUUCCCGGGAACAAAAGCUUCAGCGUUCUUCCAACCGACAACACUAAACUUAUGGAAUUCCUCAACAUGGUGUUUUCCUCUUCAAAGGCCGACCUUUUCGGCCUAGUGCUGAACAACGUUACAGACUUCACGCAGAUUAUGGAAAGCAUGAGUGAUAGCAUUACGUAUGCUCUUGGUCAGAGUUCAACCGGUAUGGAAUUAGCAGGCGAGGCAAUCACAUUCGAACAGUAUGUGUAUGUCAAUUGGGGGUGGAUCAUCUUGCCCAUUAGCUGGAGGAAAGGGGUAGUGGCAUGGAAAGGCUCGGCUAUCAUACCUCUUGUCACGGAGAUGGAGGGUUGGCAUAGUGGGGAGUGGAGAGCAGGGUCUGCUCGGGAAGCCAACAAGAUGGCGAGAGGAAUGACGGUUGUGUUGGAGAACGAGGAGGAUGUUGGUCAGAUAUCUAAACGCGUAUAG